AUCUGAAGCCGGCUGGCUGUUGGACUGGGAGGCUGAGGAAAAAAAAAAAAAGAAGAAGGCGGCUAAUGUGCUUGUUCGAAGGGAUCCCUCACUGAGUGCAGGCUCGGUCCGAGCAAAGUGGAGAGCGCGGCGGGCAGGAUCCCCAGGCUCCAUGAUGAAGACCCUUGUGACGUUCCUGUGGGCCGUAGCCUUCGUGAGCUAUAGCAGCUCCCAGAACACAGCAGGGACUGAGGAACCCCUGCCAGGGCCUGACGCCACGGGGGCCACGGUGGUAGAGGAGGAGGACCCCUUCUUCAAAGUCCCCGUGAAUAAGUUGGCGGCGGCGGUCUCCAACUUCGGCUACGACCUCUACCGCCAGAAGUCCAGCGAGAGCCCCACGACCAACGUGCUUCUGUCUCCACUGAGCGUGGCCACGGCCCUGUCCGCGCUCUCCCUGGGUGCUGGCCAGAGAACCGAGUCCACCAUUCACCGGGCCCUCUAUUACGACCUGAUUACCAACCCAGACAUUCACGGCACCUACAAGGAGCUCCUGGCCUCCGUCACCGCUUCUCAGAAGAACCUAAAGAGCGCCUCUCGGAUCGUCUUAGAAAAAAAGCUGCGAAUAAAAUCUGGGUUUGUCCCACCUCUGGAAAAGUCUUAUGGGAUUAGGCCCAGGAUCCUGACAGGCAACCCCCGGAUCGAUCUCCAGGAGAUGAACAACUGGCUUCAAGCUCAGACGAAAGGGAAAAUCUCCAGGUCUUCCAGAGAAUUGCCCAAAGAUAUCAGUGUCCUGCUCUUCUCCGCGGCUCACUUCAAAGGGCAGUGGGUGACAAAGUUUGACUCCAGAAAGACUUCCCUUCAGGACUUCCACCUGGAUGAGGACAGGACCAUCAGGGUGCCCAUGAUGUCAGACCCCAAAGCCAUCCUUCGCUACGGCCUGGACUCUGACCUCAACUGCAAGAUAGCCCAGUUGCCCUUGACUGGGAGCAUGUCCAUGAUUUUCUUCCUGCCCGUGAAAGUGACCCAGAACUUGACCCUGAUCGAGGAGAGUCUCACUUCCGAGUUCAUCCACGACAUCGACCGGGAGCUGAAGACCAUCCAGGCCGUGCUGACCGUGCCCAAGAUCAAGCUGACCUACGAUGGCGAAGUCACCGAGACCGUGAAGCAGCUGAAGCUCCAGUCUCUGUUUGACUCCCCGGACCUGAGCAAGAUCACGGGCAAAGCCAUCAAGCUCACGCAGGUGGAGCACCGCGCGGCCUUCGAGUGGAACGAGGACGGGGCGGGGGAGGCGCCCAGGCCCAGCGCGCAGCCCGGCCGCCUGGCCUUCUCCCUGGACUACCACCUGGACAAGCCUUUCAUCUUCGUUCUCCGGGACACGGACACGGGGGCCCUUCUCUUCCUCGGCAAAGUGCUGGACCCCAGGGGCCCCUGAGCGCCCCGGGCGGAGACGGCCCCGCUGGCCGCCCCCUCGCUCCGUAAUAAAGGUGGUCCCAUGAGCCUC